UACCAAUGCAAAUUAGGUUAUAGUCCUUUUGUGCUGAAAAGAUUGAAUAAAUUUCCUUUUUUGGAUAUCUGAAAAAUAUUUGUAUUGAGUUAAAAUUAAUUCUCUCUUUGAUCACGUGAACCUUUGUUCAACAUUUAAGUAGGCAGAAGGUUAGAUUGUGAUUUGAGAUCUGUACAGACAUCAUCAUCUAUGUGCUUCAUAACUAUCAACGAACACUCCAACUCAUCUGCUGUUUCGUAUACAUAUAUCGGAUUCGGAAUCCGGGUCUUCCGCUUGCUGCAACAGGCCUUGUCAACCAUGGAAUCAAAGAGGAAAUGUGAUAUGCUUGACCUGAUGGCUUUUGGAACGGAGUUGAAAGUCUCUUGCUGCUGGAUCUGGAUCCCCUCUAAACUUAAGCACGAAUGUGCAAGCAUGUGGUCUUGACGCGGCUUGAAUGCGCUCCUCACACGACGGCCAUCACCAAGAAGAUAUGCAUAGAUCUCCUGAAAUCCUGCAAAUCCAUGGCCCAGCUGGAGCAAAUCCAGGCUUUACUUUUCGCCCUCGGCAUCCAUCAACACGUAGACACCCUCCACAAACUAAUGGCCUUCUCAGCUGACCCUCUCCGUGGAAAUCUUCGCCAUGCCCAAAGGAUAUUUGAUCGCAUUGAACAGCCAACCCUAUUCAUCUACAACGUGAUGAUCAAAGCUCAUACAAAAUCGGGUCAUUUCCGAAAUGCCCUAUAUUUAUUCGACGAGCUUAGAUGGCUUAGGAUGUCUCCUGAUAAUUUCACUUACCCCUUUGUCUUUAAGUCCAUUUGUGGAAUGAGGGAUGUUCUUGACGGUGAAAGGGUUCAUGGGUUUGUUUUGAAGAGCGGGAUUGGAAUUGAUUGCUAUGUGUGUAAUUCACUCAUGGACAUGUAUGGUGAGUUGGGUUGUAUGGAGUGUGUUAAGAAAUUGUUCGAUGAAAUGCCGAGUAGAGAUUCAGUGUCGUGGAAUGUUCUAAUAGCUGGAUACGUUAGAUGCAGCAGGUUUCAAGAAGCUGUCAGAAUUUAUAGGAUGAUGUUACGAGAGGGGAGCAUUACACCCGAAGAGGCCACUGUUGUUAGUACCCUAUCAGCUUGUACUGCACUGAAAAAACUGGAUCUUGGUGAAGAAAUCCAUCAGUACGUUAGUAAAGAGCUCGGACAUACCAUUAAGAUCGAUAAUUCUUUAGUGGACAUGUAUUGUAAGUGUGGCCGUUUGACUGUGGCUAGGAAAGUGUUCGAUGAUAUGCCUACGAGAAACGUUAUGUCCUGGACCAGCAUGGUUUCAGGAUAUGCCAGUUUUGGUCUGUUGGAAGAAUCCAGAUUCCUAUUUGAAAAGAGUCCAAUAAAGGAUGUUGUUUUAUGGACGGCUAUGAUUAACGGGUAUGUCCAAUCUAACCUUUUUGAAGAGGCAAUGUCUGUUUUCCAGGCAAUGCAAAAGAAAAACAUGAAGCCUGAUAAGUACACUCUGGUUUCGCUACUCAAAGGUUGUGCUCAAGCAGGAGCACUGGACCAAGGGGGGCAGAUCUAUAACUACAUGACACAUAACGGAAUAACCAUUGAUGCGGUUGUCGGCACUGCCCUUAUGGAGAUGUACGCGAAAUGUGGCUCCCUCAACAAGUCAUUAGAAAUCUUUCAAGAACUGUUAAUAGGAGAAAAAGAUGCCACAUCAUGGACUUCGAUCAUCUGUGCCCUUGCUAUGAACGGACAUGCAAAGAAAGCUUUGGAAUUGUUUUUACAAAUGGAACAAUCUGGAAUCAUCCCAGAUAGUGUUACCUUCAUUGGUGUCUUAGCAGCUUGUAGUCAUGGAGGGUUAGUAAAGGAAGGCCGGCAAUAUUUUGAUUCAAUGAUAAGGAAAUAUGGUUUAGAACCAAAGUUGGAACACUACGGAUGUUUGAUAGACCUUCUUGCACGUGCAGGGCUAUUAAAUGAAGCUGAGGAAAUUAUAAAAAAAUUUAUUCAAAAGAAUAACAAGGAUAAGAAAAUUGUUGUUACCCUUUAUAGUUCCUUGCUUAGUGCUUGCAGAAUCCAUGGCGAUGUUGAUAUGGGCGAACGGAUUGUUGAAAUUCUCGUGGGGAUUGAAUCGGGUGAUUCCAGCACUCAUACACUGCUGGCUAACAUGUAUGCUUCUGCCGAUAGAUGGGAAGAUGUGUCCAAAGUCAGAAAGAAUAUGAAAGCUUUACACGUUAAGAAAUUGCCUGGAUGCAGUUCAGUUGAGGUUGAAGAUCAUUCUUGAUUUCAUAAUCAGAGAAGCCAAGUGUUUGUGACGUGCUCUUUUAUUUAAUCCUGUUCCAUAGCGUUUGUAGCUGGAAAUUGUAUAACUAGGCAACAUAAAAGGAAAUGUGAUUGAGAUAGUAGCUUGAAAUUGUGCACUAGCGCAACAUAGAAAACUAAACUGUUUUAAGCUUUAUUCCAUGACAUAUUACUCCCUUCAUUAGUUCAUUGUUCUUAAAGAUGUGUAUGAGAGCAUAUAUGAAAAUAUGUUAUACAUGGGCCUAAUCACCUGGGUACAUUAAUAGGAUUUUGAAUCAUCG